AUGGUGCGACCCCUGCUCACAUUUAUCGAUGCUGGGCCCCUUGAAGAGGCCCAAGCGCAGCGAAUGCGCCGGGAGAUCAGGUCGCACGUCGCCCGAGUUGUUGUGUCCCGCCAUCAGUCUUGUCGCUCAACUCAACGGCCACCGCACAAAAAGCGCCGCGGCGAGCUGAAUCCUACAUGGGAUCUUUGUCUCGACUCGCUCGUCGACCCCUCAGCCAGCCAGAAAGAAGAAAGCGAGGAACAAUCAGAAGACAGGGUGCCGUCUCCUCCGCCUGUCCCCGCGACAGCGAGCAAUGACCGACUCCUCCUGGCUGGACCAUCUGCAGCGAGCAUGAUUCCGGCUUCAAAGAGUCCAAUCUACCAUCAUCCUCUUGUUUCCGUAGUGCUGGAAAAUUACCUGAAGCAUCUGGCCGUGGCCGUGCCCGAGCUAGAUGGAGACAGUCGGUCUGUUCUCCUGCAGACCUCGUGGUUCCCCAUGGUUCUCAGCUCGCCGAUCAUAUUCCAAGUCAUCGUCUUGUUCUCGGCGUCUCAUUAUGCGGCGAGGCAGAAUGACAUGACUCUGGCCGAGACGAUCCUGUUCCUUAAACAAUGCGCCAUUUCGGGCAUCGCGCAGGCCCUAUCACCGGCCUCGAAGAAGGGCAUGGUCUAUCGGGACGAGAUCAUCGCCGCUGUCGCCAAGAUGGCCAGCUACGAAGCCAUAUUCGGGGACGAGGGCGCAUAUCACUGUCACAUGGACGCCGUGAAACGCAUGUUGGAAGAAAGAGGCGGACUGGCCGCUCUAGGCCUGGAAGGGUUCCUGUCUCGGCUCCUGGUUUUUAUUGAUACCAACUCGGCAUUCCUCCUCAACGCCCCGUUACAUCUUAACGGUUCGUCUCUGCCCAAAUUGGCCAAUCAAUUUAUCAUGCCGAAUCCCAGUCGUUUUGUCGGCGAGGUAUAA